GAGGGCGCCGGCCCCGCGGGAGGCUGCACGGCUCGGCCGGGGGGCGUCAUGGCCUCGUUGGCCGAGCGAGUCCGGGGCCACGGGCGGAUCGCCGCCGGGCUCGUGUUCAACCUGCUGGUGUCCAUCUGCAUCGUGUUCCUGAACAAAUGGAUCUAUGUGCACCACGGCUUCCCCAACAUGAGCCUGACCCUGGUGCACUUCGUGGUCACCUGGCUGGGCUUGUACAUCUGCCAGAAGCUGGACAUCUUUGCCCCCAAAAGCCUGCCGCCCUCCAAGCUCCUCCUCCUGGCGCUGAGCUUCUGUGGCUUCGUGGUCUUCACCAACCUCUCACUGCAGAACAACACGAUCGGCACCUACCAGCUGGCCAAGGCCAUGACCACGCCGGUGAUCAUCGCCGUGCAGACCGUGUGCUACCAGAAGCGCUUCUCCACCAGGAUUCGGCUCACGCUGAUUCCAAUAACUUUAGGUGUAAUCCUAAAUUCUUAUUACGAUGUGAAGUUUAAUUUCCUUGGAGUGGUGUUCGCGGCACUUGGUGUUUUAGUUACGUCUCUUUAUCAAGUGUGGGUAGGGGCUAAGCAGCACGAGCUGCAGGUGAACUCCAUGCAGUUGCUGUACUACCAGGCUCCAAUGUCAUCUGCCAUGCUGCUGGUCGCUGUGCCCUUCUUUGAGCCAGUGUUUGGAGAGGGAGGAAUAUUUGGUCCCUGGUCAGUUUCUGCUGUGCUUAUGGUGCUGCUGUCGGGAGUAAUCGCUUUCAUGGUGAACUUAUCGAUCUAUUGGAUCAUUGGGAACACUUCACCAGUCACCUAUAACAUGUUCGGACACUUCAAGUUCUGCAUCACUCUGUGUGGCGGCUACGUGUUAUUCAAGGACCCGCUGUCAGUGAAUCAGGGCCUGGGCAUUGUGUGCACAUUGUUUGGCAUUCUCGCCUACACACACUUCAAGCUCAGCGAGCAGGAGGGGAGUAAGAGCAAACUGGUACAGCGUCCUUGAGUCUUUGCGGAGAAAAGAAAGUUGCCCCAACACAAAAAAGAAAAUUACUUCUCCAAACCGCAAGCUGGGCCUGUGGUGCAUGGCUGCAAUCCCAGCUUCUGGGACGCUGAGGCAGGAGAGUUGAUUAUGCAGAAGACUCUGUAUCAAAAAAAAAAAAAAAAUCUCAAUAAGCAAAUGCUUUGUGCUGCUUUUCAAAGGUGAUUAUAGGAAAUAUAUCUAGGGCAGUCUGGUUACGCCAAGUGAAAUACAUGGAAAGGUCUGCACUGAUGAGGAAGCAGUGUGCAUUCCAGAGCUA